UGCACUUUGAAGUCCGCCAGUUGUGAUCAGUGAGCUGCUGAAGUCCUGUACGGAGACACGCAGUGGGACGUUUCCCGAGCACUCGGACUCUCAAGUGGCUCUUUUUCUCGUUUGCGCCUUGCCAGGAGGACACGGUGCUCUUCUGUGUGGACUUUAUUAUUAUUAUUAUUGUUAUUUAUUUUUUUUAUUUUGUGGGGUUUGAAGUCGGAAUACAGGAGCCGUGUCUGGGACGAGGAUGCUCCAAAUAAAGUAGCGCACUGGGGCUGAAAGGCUUCUCCGUCCUUCGGGACAUUUAAGGACGCCCGUCUGUGUUUCAUGUCCGCUGGAUUAUAUUUACCAAACCCAUUUUUAAUCAUUAUUUGUAUUUAUUAUUUUGUAUCUUUUAUUUUAUUAUUACUAUUUUUCAUUAGUUUUUUGAAUAAAGUAACGCACGUCCACGGCCACCCCCUGCGCCCUCUCUCCAAUGAAAUAUCUCCCUUCAGGAUCAGCUGCUGAUCGAGUUAGCGCGCGGAUUGAGCUCAGUGAGACCAGCGACCCUAAGAAGUCCCGUCCCGGUGCCGUGCUCUCUUUGUUGACCCCUCUGGACCCACUUCGACAGGCAAAGCGGCUUCCUAUCCGAGUUAUCAAGAUGUUGACGGCGCACACCGGACACUUGCUACACCCGGAAUAUUUACAGCCUCUAACACCCGCACCAGUGAGCAUCGAGCUGGAUGCAAAGAAGAGCCCCCUCGCCCUGCUUGCUCAGACCUGCUCUCAGAUUGGUAAACCGGACCCUCCUUCUUCCUCCAAGCUCAACUCCUCCUGCAGCCAGGGGGACAAGGAGCCCAGCAGUCGGUCAUCUGUCUCCAGCCUGAAGCUCGGCGAGCACCGCCACGCCCUGGAGGACAAAUCCAGCUUCAAGCCCUACAACAAAGGCAGCGGUGAAUGUCGCAGAGACGGAGCCACCAGCAGCAGCGGCUCCGGGAGUGACAAAGUCGGCUUCAGGGUGCCCAGCAGCAGUAGCUCUACCGCUAAUGGAAAUUCGACCAGUGGCCAGCAGUCCUAUCCGCCUCACGCUGUGUCGCCCAGCUCCAGAGCCAGGAGCAGCACCCCACCGGGACACGCUCAGCAGCUUUCCAAACAGAGCCACUCUCCAAGUGGACAGCACGCCCCUCACUCCCAGAGUCCCACUGGUGAAUCUGCACGUGACCAGAGCAGUCCCACCAGCACGAGCAGCAAUAAUAAUAACAACAAUAACAUAAAUCCCAAAAAAGACGCUGAGGUAAACAAGGCCAGCUCGGACAGCCCGCACCACGCAAACUCCAGUCACGUUCGGGCCAGCACAAACUGCAGUAACGGAAGCUCUGACGGAGGCUCCAACCAUGACGCAGGCAAAGCAGAGCCCACCCAGCCUAACCUCGGCCCUGGACAUGUUACGCCCAUUUCUCCUUAUAAGACCAGCCAGCCGCUCUUCCCUCUGCCUUCCUCAAAUAUGGGCUACCACGGAUCUGUAGUGGGGGGCUACGCAGGCUACCCAUCCCAGUUUGUUCCUGGGCUGGACCCGACCAAGUCGAGCCUGAGCAUGGGCAGCAUGGGAGUACCAGGAAAGCACCCAAGCUCCAGCCCUCUUACGGGCGCCUCCCCUCCCUCCUUCAUGCAGGGUUUAUGCAGGGACCCCUACUGUCUAAGUUACCCAACUGUAUCCCAUCUUGGUGGAAGCAACUGCAACUCCUGCAUCCACGACCCUUCCUCCACCCUCAAAUCCAGCUUCCCACUGGUGUACCCCUCCCACCCCCUCCACUCUCUCCACCAAAGCUCCUUGUCAUCCAGUGCAUCCUCCUCCCUCUCUCAUCCCCUCUACACCUACGGCUUCAUGCUCCCCAAUGAUCCCCUGCCACAUGCCUGCAACUGGGUCUCGGCCGGAGGGCCGUGCGACAAGCGCUUCGCAACGUCAGACGAACUCCUGGCUCACCUCCGCACGCACACAGCCCUGCCGGUGGGGAUGGACAGUAAGCUGCUCUCUGCUUCCUCCUCAGGGCCUGCCUCCUGCCACCUUCACCUCCCACAUCAGAACAGUCCAGGCUCCAUGCCCAGCUCUCUUUCUCUCAGGGCUCCCCCCAGCCUGGGUUUGGCUCGCUAUCACCCCUACAGUAAGGUCCAUCUCCCCUCUGGACCCUCCUCCAUCUCCCUGCACUCUCUGCCCACCACAGGUCCAUACUACCCUCAUUACGCACUCUACAGUCAAAGACUGGGAUCUGCAUCGGCUCUGGGAUACCAGUGAUGCACCACCUCCUUAAAUCUUUAGAGGAAUGGUUCAACGUGUUGGGAAAUAAUGCUUAUUUGUUUCCUGGCUAAGAGUCAGAUGAGAAGAUUGACGCCGCUGGCGAAUUUCUAUUUUAAAUAUGAAGCCAGUUCAUUUAGCUUAGCUUAGCAUGGAGAAGGGGGUAAAAUACUGAAAGAGCUAGCAGAGAUUUUAGCUGAGGAGCAGGUUAACACGUGCCCCUCACAGAGUUCACUCCAUCUUCAGCCUGUAUGCUAAGCUUAGUAUCUGCUGGCUGUCGCUUCAUAUUGAGUGUGUGUGUUCAUCUGCUCAGCCAGGAUGUUAAUAAGGACGCUCCCCAAAACGUCUUGAUGGUUACUUUAACUUUAAUCACUGCAACUUGCUGCUUCCUCUGACUUCGCAGCAGCUUCAAGUGGAACUGGGAGGGACUUGCGACUCCUGGAUUUUAACUUGAGAGCAUCUUCAUCUUUUUUUUUCUUGGUUCUUUAUACAUUAUCUGUUUAUACAAGAUUUGUUGUUUCAAACCAGGACCUACUGCUAAAAUUCAGUGGACACGCAGCUCUUGCAUGUCUGCACAUUGCUCGGAUGCUUCUGCAGCAGGCGCGACUGCUCUGAGAGGACACUUGACGCCCUGUGGACUCGCCUGAUUGACGGGUGGAUGCUGCGUGACAGCUCUGGGAUUUUCAGGGUUCUCGUUGCAAAUGAUGAUGAUGAUUUUGAAAAGGCAGCGAGCUCCAGCAUCGGGAUCAGUGUCAGUGUGACUGCAGUGGCUUUCUCCCUGCAUCAGAUGCCUGUCAUCUGUUUUGGUUCCUUGUUUUUUUUUUCCCCUUUUAUUCCUACUGAGAACUUGUAUUUAUUUUAUACAAGGGGAGCUGACUGUAAAGUUUACCACAUAAAUCUCUCCUCGUUUUCAAGUGCACACACGGCAGGUGUGGAAUGCGUUGUGUCUUAAAACUUCUCCGAGAAUGAAUGUUACGUCACAUCUCUCUCCGAGCUCCUCGCCUCUUUUGAUUGUUUUUAUUUUCACACGGCAAAUCGACUGAGAUGUGAUAUUUUUUGUAAACUUGGAGCACCCUGUGGUGGGAUCCAGUGAAAGGGGAGGUCAUAUUUUAGUAAAUAAAUAACACUGAAGAUGUA